AUGUUCCGAGCGUCAGUUUUCAUUCCACGACGCACUUUGUCAGUUAGUUUCUAUAGAAAGAAAAAUUUUAUUUGAACACAAAAUGGGAAUUAAGAAACUUGGGGGCUGUUGUUGCUUCGAUUUGAAGACCGGAGUGCUUAUAAUUGGUAUUUUAGGAAUUAUUGGAAGCGUUGUAAAUCUAAUAAAAGCGCCGUUAGAGUACAGCAGUGCGUGCAGCGAUGGAAAAACCACGGCAAACAAUGAAAAUUGCGCGGUUGCUUCUUCAAUAUUGGGAGGAUCAAUUGCUUCUUCUGUUAUUUUUCUUAUUUUAACGGUUCUUAUGAUUUAUGGAUCGCAAAAGAACAGCCAUCGAUUUUUGCUGCCGAUCCUUAUAUUAGAAGCUAUUUCAAUAUUCCUUUUAGUGAUAUUGGUAUGGUACUUGAUUAUUAUCUUCUUUUCAGUAUCCAUUGGAAUGGGAUUCUUAGUAUUGGUUAUCGGACAUGCAGUGAUAGCGCUUACCAUAUACUUUUGGCUGGUUAUCUACAGCCGCAGCGAAGAAAUCAAGGAAGCUAAUUUUUCAUCAAGAGAUUGCGCUUAAAUAUUUAUUCAAUAAUUAUAAUGUUCAAUUUAUACCUUUAAAUCAGUCUUAACAUAUCCAAUUUUCAAUCUAUAAAAUUUUAUAAGUAAUUUUUCUGUCAGUAUUUUCUAUACAGUAUCUAAGUUACCUAAUUAUUCAAUUCAGUACAAAACUUUAUCGAUAUAUCAACGAAAAAUAUUUUACACAUUAGUUUGUUAAUGCUUGUACGCGCACAUCUACUACCCGUCCUAAAAACAUUCACGAGAUAAAUACCUUUUUUUAUAGGGGUAAUGCUAGUGCACCUUUUUUUAUUUAUGAUUUAUAUAAUUAAAGAGUUAAGCAUUUUUUAUUUGUUUUCUAUACUUUAAACUGAUUUUUUUCUGUUUUUUCCAAAUAUAAUUUUUCCGAUUUUAUGUUAUUGAAAAAAUAAUUUUAGAUAAGUACUAAAGUAAAUUCUACCUCAAUGUAAAUUUAUUAUGUAUAU